AUGAGCCUAGAAUGGGAGCGGACUGUUGCAUUCUUUGGCUCAUUCAUUGGUGACAACUACGGUCUUUACACCUAUCAGAACAGCAUCACCAUGUCCACCAGACCAUCUACAUUGGAGCAUCCUGACUAUGCGGGCAAUUCUGGCAGUACAUCACUUAACAAGAUGCUUAGCAAGGCUUCUCCGAGCAAGGCCGUCGCAGGCAGGCAUGGUGGCCCUUCUACCAGUGUUGAUGGAAAGCGUGCAGCUAGCUUCAUCUUACCGCAGGGAAAAGUUCUCAGCACACUUGAUCAUUGGGAUGAUGUUGACGACGAGUUUCUUGAGAUUCCUGAGGUUAAUAAUGCAGCAUUUAAAGAGGAAGAGGAAGAGGAAGAUGUCACUUACAAUGAACAGAUCUCCAAUAUGAUGACGGAGGAGGAAGAAAGUGAAGAUGAACUUCUGCUGACCACAAAGUCUGCAAAGAAGGCAGCAGCGCAAGAAGAGAAGGAUCAUCUGACCUUGGAAUUAAAACCCGGUUACUUUACUGUAGAACAUCCUCAGAAAGCAACUCACCAGGUACGACUGCUGGCUGAAGCAGACAGUCUGGUACCCAACUUUGUAGGUGGAUUAUUGCCUAGAUGUGACACCGGUGAUCGUGAAGAAUACUACCUGACAAUGCUUAGUUUGUUCAAACCUUGGCAUACUGGGCUUGACCUUAAGCUUGAUGCAAAUACAUCCUGGCACAAUACCUUUGACGAGUAUAAAUUUACACCCAGACAGUUAGAGCUCAUGAAAUUCUUCCAUAUACGCUAUGAGUGCAAUGAUGCUAGAGAUGAUUUUGCUGCUGCACAUAAGGCAGGCAAGUUCCAUGGACAAAUGCCCUUUGGUAUGGAUGACAAUGCAAUGAAUGAACUUGAUAUCCAAUAUCAAGAAGACGAAGCCACAGCAGGUGUAAGUAAUGAUCUCGACUUGAUGCCUGAAUCAGAUGACUGGGAUCAAGUGGGUGAGAAGAUGCUGAUCAGAAUCAGCAGUCUGGACACUUUGAAUCUUCCUACUGAGACUAUUACAGGUCAAGAUAAAACAGCAGUGGAAUGGAAAAACUUACUUGCUGAGAAGCGACAGGAGAUCCUUCGUACACGAGAGGAGCAGGCAGUAGAUAACAAUUCAGAUGAAGUAGAUCCCAAGACGGGACUGCAUAUCAGCAAGGAUGUGAACACAGUGAAGGUAAUUGAUCAGUCUUAUCUGAAUAAGAAUUUUGAGGCAAAGAACAAAGCAGAUCAAACCCUGAUUGAUGAUACUGUCAAAAACUUUAGUCUCAAUACUGACCAAGAGUGUGCCUUACGAAUCAUAGCAAACCAUGCAACUGAUCCCAGUGGUGAGCAACUGAAGAUGUACUUGGGUGGAAUGGCAGGUACAGGAAAAUCUCAAGUUAUUAAGGCCCUGAUUCAUUUCUUUGGCUCUGCUGCUGCUCUCAUUGCAGGCUCCACCUAUCAUUCUAUGCUUGGUUUCAGCAAGUUUGGUGACUCUCAGACUUCCUUGAUGCAAACUGCAACAGCAUGUAUAAUAUAUGUGCAAAAAUGA